GGUCUCUCAUCUUCUUUCUCUUUCGACACUUUUAGAGCCACCUUCCCCACUAUUCUUAUACCUCUAUGAACAAAACCCGCUAAAACAUAGUUCCAAGCUAAAUUUAAAUACUAGCGUGUUAUGCACACAGAUAAAACAAAAUACUUUGACAAAUCAAAUGUUUGCAAAUGAAUACGGCUAUCCAUUCAUUAGGUGAGAUAAUGUUAAACGGAAAUCUCAACCAAUCCGAUCGGCGUGUUGAUUGUAAACCAUUCGACUUGCUUAAUAAAUAACCUUCGUACGCAGUGAGGUCAAUCGACUUUUAACUUUGAUCAUUUUCCUAGAAAAUAUUUCACUCGUCCAGGUAUCAAGCAGGAUUCGCACCUACGCCUACAUACUAAAGUUAAAGGCAACUUCUGCUGUCACUUUUUUUGAGAUAACGAUAGAAUGAGAACAAUUGAUUUGAUAUAGCAUUGAAUUGAUCUGACGUUGCUGAGUUCAGCUGUUAGUUACUGGUAGACUGAUCUUCGACAUGCGGCUUCUCAUUUACUUUUUCUUAACGAUGGUUCUCUAAUGGCAAUAAGUAAUGUUUAAAGCUGAGUAUUUAAUAAUUGAAAUAUAUCAGUUAUAGAAUUUUAUAUUUAUCGAAGUUUUGAAUAGUUUUUUUUGUGGAAAAAUGUUUUUAGGCUCAAUGAAGCUUUUUGAGAAGCAACUUAUUAUCUAAUAGUCUUGUAAUGUAAAUCAAAUGCGUAUCAAGAGUUAUUAACUUUGUCGCUAAAGUAGAUUUUGUUAUGAGAAUUCUGUGUUAUUGAGAUGGAUAUAGCUGCUUUAAUAAUGUCCAACUGACAUUUAAAUUUAUGUAAAUUCAUAAAUGUUUACAUUGCAUUAUUAUAAUGCGAUGAUCAGUAACGCUUAUUUAAAUUUAAAACCUGGUUCCAUCAUCUCGAAAACCUCACAUUGCAACAAGAGCUCUAACUUUAGUGACGCAGAAGUUGUAUUCGAAUAUCAAUCGCGUUGAAUAGUUGAAUGGUUUGACAUUUUCACGCUCUUCAUUACUAGAUGAGUGUCAUAAUAAUGUUGAGACUGUGCAAAUCGAGUGUUUGAUGUAUCUUUUGUGUGUAUUAUGGUGUGGGCCGCCGAGUCACCGCCCUUACGUACUUUACGCUUACGGACGAACCGGUUUGCUAAAGACAUACGAAAUUGUACCUUUUUGUCACGGUAACAUGGACCAUAAUAGCUCGCAAACCUUGUAGUCAUAUAAAAUAUUACUCGACACUCGUAUUUCAAUCCGUAAGCGUAUUGUAACAUAACGAGUCCGAAUGUUCAAUGCAGUUGUUAGCUGUCCUCCCGCUUGUGAUAACACUCAUAUUGUAUGUGCUUGUCGUCUAGCAGAGUGAAAUGACCUGCAACUGUAGAAACUACAGUUGCAGGUGGUUUUACUGAAGGGAGCGAUGCAAUAGACUUUCCAACUGAUAAAUCACCCCUAGGAUCUGAAUUUUUAUAAUCUUUACUUUGUUAUUAUGUAAUAAAAUAUUGAUGCCACAUUAUCGAAUGUAAAAAGCUAUACUGCGAAGUAGUAAAAUUUGAUAAUUAAUAUGAUGUUUCCCAUAUACCUACUUACAUAAAUACUUGUGGUAAAGUUGAGAUUUUUGAAUAAUUGAAUAAUAUUCUAUGAAACUACACGAGCCGGUCCCAAACCCCUAAAUUUAUGGAAGGGAUUGAUAAUAUUUACCGGUUCUGUGAAAGUGCACCAGUUUGCGACUAAUGGCUUCGUAGACGUAAUUACUUCGACCGUUUGAUAAGUUUAGUUAUACUGUCUACGAGUUCUCAUAAUAUACUUAGUGUACCAUAGGAUAACUUACAUUUCAAGUACUGAACGAGUGUCUGCACAGACCGGGAGGAACUGUGUUUCAUAUAACAAAAAAAAUAAAAUUAACCUUAUAACGAAGAACAUUAAGUAUAGAUUUGGAGAUACCGCUCACACACGCUCGAAACAGUACAAAAAUUGCUCAAUCCAAUUUAUAUUACAACCAUUUGUAAUAGAGUUGAUAUUCUCUCGGUCUGAGUUGACCCUAAGCCUCUUAUAUAGGGUGUUUGUCGAUGUAACGCGAAGUGUCAUGGUUCGAGGAAGCCGCUUUUGAUGUUGCACUGCUUUUUAUAUUACGCAUGCGGCUAUCAAGAUCGUUUAUACAAUUACUUUUGACGCUAGUUUCAUUUUUUUGGCCGUUGAACAAAGCGCAAUUUUAAUUUGCGAGUUAUGCACACUGAUCCGUGAUCCCGGCUCAGACGCAUAUGUGAGGCAGUUGACGUUGCAAUUAGAGGCUAUUUAAUUGACACACAACAGCGAAUCGGUUCAGUUAGGACGCAAGACAGGCGGUGCAUCGGUGACGGUAGCGCGAGCGCAUGUGUGCGAUGUAAGGAGAAAAUUUAGGUUCGGCAGGGAUAUUAUUAUCGUGUGAACGAAACACGAUUAGUAAGGAUUUACGUUUCGAAGAGGCGCAUUAAUCUAUUAGGUAUUCCACUUUCGUAUACCAUGUUUAAUGUAGUAUCUUGGUGAUAGAUGCCAAAUAAUCCUAAUAAAGAACUGAAUUUUAUAUACAUAUUAACUGUUCUGAGGGUAUUUAGUCUAGGUGUUUAUUUAUGUAAUUUAAAUAGUGGUGAGCUUUCAAUUAAUCACUUGAUGAAUCUGGAAAAGUGAAUCCACGCUAUUUAUUUAGUAUUAUAUUUAAAAUUGUACCUCGUGUAUCGAGUUUCCCCUAUAAUAUAUGGAUCGAAACAUUUCAUGCUCAACCUAAUUUCUGUUUGUGUAAUCUUUCCAAAACUGAUAUUUCAUUUGUGCCAAGACUUUUAGUUUAAGCGAAAGUGCAAUGAUGCCACAUUUCCCUCAGUCAAUGAUACAUAAACGUAUAUAUUACCAGAUGUCUUAACACGAUUGGCCUAAGUAAAUUAGUAUUUUCCAAUGUGUAGGUUUUGUAUCCUAACUUUUAGUGUUAACUAGUAUAUUUGUAUUGAACCUUGUCUGACCCUUCCGUACGUUAAAGUUUGCACUUGGAGGCGGCAUAACGUGCUACGUACUAUUAUGUUAGCCCGGUGCUUAAUGUAUUCUCGUGACGUGAACAUGCAAAAAAACUUCCCUAUUAAAUUUUACGCCACAUCCUCAGAACAUUUAACAGCUAGAUAUUUUUAUUUAUGUAAACUUGGAAAUGAACAUUGAAAAUAAACGAAGAUUGAUUAUUAAUUAUUAUUAUUAUAUUUCAACAGUGUCCACUGUUUGUAUGAUAUUAUGGCUCUUUUCACAUUCACAUGUAAAUAGUACCGAUUUUAGUAUUGGUAAUGAGUGAUAUUAGAGUGUUGGUAUUAAAUGUUUUAAAACAGUAUGUCGUUUACAGUAGUCUCCGACUCGAUCAUUCCAAUUGGACCGCCAUCCAGGUACGUUGUGACAUGAUACUUAAGGACAUUAUUCAAUUAUAUAAAGUUUAUAUCACCAUUUAUAAACAAAAUGCAACUGUGUCGCACAAACGGUAUCUACAAUUAAUUCUAAUCGUAAGGUGCUUGAGUAUUUUGCAUUUUUAUGUCACAAAGUAAUGGUUAUUGUCUUUUGGCGAAUGAAUGCUCACUGCAGAGUUGCAGAGCACAGAGGCGAAACAUUAUUUACAGAUUAUAUUACGAUUGAUAUUUAUUAUACUUUUAUACAGUGUUUUUAACAUAAUAUAUAGUUAUUAUAGAAAUAUUAUCAGCAGAAAUUGUUUUUUUAUUAUACUUAUUUUAUUUGCCUGUAGCUCUCAACAUCGUGAACAAUCACUCGUCAAUCGACUAAAUGUUUCAUUGCACUGUGGAUAGAGCACGAUAAUGUAUAGCUAAAUGGUGAAAUGUAUUUGAUUAGUCUCGAUAACGUAAGAUUUGAAUACGUUCUCACACCAGCAAUGUUACAAUGAUUGGCAAAAUAAAUUUUCACACUAAGACAUAAUGAAUUCCAACUGAUUAAUUUUUUUCUCUCUAAUGUAUAAUUUAUUUUUACUUUAAUUCGGAUUUAAGUUGUAGCUGUAUAAUAAUACGCUUUAGGCUUGUAAUGCUUUAUCGGAAUAGCUAAGUUCGCUGUCUAUCUUAUAUGGCAAUAUUAUGAUUAUAUUUUAUUAGUUAGCCAAUUUUAAGUAUUCCUCUAUUAUAAUUAUUUUAUUCGCCAUCACAAUUUAAAGGUCGCCGAAACGCUUAGAGGAUAAGAUGUGAAAAAAAUGUGUGUUAGAUAUAUUUUUAAUUAGAAUUUAUUCAGUAAAUUGUUGCUGUGUUACUCGACAUUUAUACAUGGUUUACAGUAAAUGUACAUCCGUGGGUUGCGUCACAGAUAGCGAGGUGGAGUCAAAAAUUCGAGUGGGACUGAUGUUAGUUGAUACUGUUUGACGCGAACGAUAAGGUCUUAUUACCUCCGAGUAUCAAUUAAAUCUAUGUUAAGUUCUCUUUUACCCGGUGUAACACUGUCAUAAUGUGAACAUUAAAAUUUUGCUUAUUUACUCGUUCUUCGAUGCGAUCUCUUGAUCACAAAUUGUAACAUUUGAUCUCCGUUUAUUGUCAAACGUUACGCCGUGUGUUACGUAUGACAGUGUGACGACGGUGUUGGUUAUUAUUAUGACUAUUAUUAUAUUUCACUUAUUUGUAUAGUUUUUUUAACACAACAAUAAAUAUAAAUGUGACAUAAACAUUGGUUUUAUUUAACACAGAAGCAGCAUAAAUCCUUCAAAAUCCUUCAAUAAACGUCAAGAGCUACCUUCAAAAAAAACAAUGCGAGAUAAUUUCUCUUAUUUAACAUUAUAAUAUUCUCAAAGUAAUAUGUACAACUAACAGUAUUUAUCAUCACAUCCCACAUGCAAAACAGUCUGCGAAUUAGCCUUUAUUACUAAACAGAUAAAGUUGUUAACAAUAAAAGAUCACAACCCGUAAUAUUAUUAUUACAUAAAUAUUGAGAUCGCGUCGCGGCGUCGAUCGUGCAGUGAUAAAUAGAUGAGCCGUAAACACGUAACAGUUUUUUUUCUAAUAACCUGUAAUUAUUUUCUCACGUGACGAGACCAGUUAGCUUGUCACGUAACAGUCUUAUCCUGUUUUUAUGUUCUUCAGUGAUAAUAUUCUCUUUGAUGCAACUUAAUAAAGAGAUAUCACGCUCCAAUCGGUCCAGUAUCGAGUCGAUCUCUUCUGUAUCUAACUUCACUCGCUUACUCGCCGGCUCUCCAUCGCUUUCGCCGCUGAAUAAACUAUCUAUGUCGGCAAGAUCGAAAUUGCUGCUGCAAGAAUUAUCUAUUUUAUCAACGAAACCAACAUCUUUACCCUUUGUAUCACUACCGAGUUCAAGGCAUUUGUGACGAUAUUUAAAAUUGCAAAUUAAGUUUAAUUCGUCUCGCAACUUCGUAUAGUCAAAUGUUUUAGUGUUAUUAGUAGCACAUUGUUGCCAAACAUCUGAAGCGGUUUGGUUCCCACUUAUAAUCGAAUUAAUUGUUAAUUCUAAAUAUUUGCUAUUGUACGUUCUUAUUUCACUAAACAAGGAUCUCUUAACUAAAUCGUCACCAUCUUGAAUAAUCUUUUUGAAUGUUUUGUUGAUAAUUUUCUCUGCUUCCAUUUUGUUUUCAUCGUGGAUCGGGUUGGCAGCCAAUUUACAAAGCAAAUUCAUUAGUAACAAACUAAGUUCUGCGUUGCCACGUUGUAUCAAUCCCGAGAUGACAUGUAGGAUCUUAACGACAUGUGAACUUCUACCGUAGACUGAGUAUACCAUAGAGUUUGUUAAUGACACCAAAGCUUCAAUGUAUUCAAAGAACCACAUUGUGUUUAAGUCCAUUGUGUCUGAGAGGAAUGUCAAGUUUUGAGGACACGCCUUUGACCAGCCUUCCAACAAAAUUCCUUCCAAUCCUUCUAGAAUAUUACAAGAGCAUGUGGCCACUAAUCUGGUAACUUUAAUCAAACCAAUUAAUUUUUCGUGACACUCAAACGGCAUACUUUUAAAAAACACGGUCUUAAUUUUUUCAACAAUAUCCUUUUCCACUAUCCUCUGCAAAUCUACGGGCAAGUUCCUGAUCUUCAAUACGGCCCACAAUGAGACAUUAUUCUGGUUCAUCGACGGAUUGUAUUGCUUGUAGAGCCUGACUCGGUCUUCGAUAUCCAAAAGCUCAAAUAAACUUGUCAUUGUGCGUUCCAGAUGAACCCUUUGGGGAGAGAGGGAAAACAUCGGAGCGUUCCCCAAUUUCAGAUAUGUUUGACAGAGAAACAUCAACUGAGUGAACAGCAAUUGUUUGUUAUUGGUUACCCGAGUUAACAUAAUCCAUAAAUUGGCUGCAAAUAGUGGACUUAUGCUGUCAACUCUAAAUAAAGCUUCGAAAAUGAUCUUCUCCAAUCCGCAAUAUUCUUGAUUGUUCAUACUGAGCGCGAAACAUGUAGAAUGGAUCAAUAUAUAUUCGAAAAGACCUAUAGAAUCAGCUGGAGAGUUGCUGGUGACGUCAAUAUUGAAUUUCAUGCCAAUAUUUAACCAAACGUAACAGUCAGGCAUCAUUUUGAAUAGACAAGUGAAAAAUUCCCUUCUUGGAAAACUAAUUCGAUCACUUUUCUGUGACACCAAUCUCAUAAGGGUUACCAUGAGAAUAAUAUAUCCUAAAACUUCGUCAUCUUGAUGCCGUUCAUCAAACUUGUAAUUUAUAAUUAUAUGUAUAAAACUUUCAUCACACAAUAAUUCGUUCACUAGAACAUCGGCCGGAUUCAAAACAUUGGCGGACAUAAUAUUCGUGAACUGUUGCGAUUUGCCACCUAAAGUUUCGAGAUAAGAGGGAUUAUGCAAAUAUAAAUUAAUUAACAAAUCAACAAUACGUUGAUACGGUUUUGAUUUUGAAUGUUUAAAAAUAGUGCAUACUUUUAACAGUAUUUUUAUCAUAAAGUUGGUCAGUUUCAUUGAUCUCAUUAUAAGUUUGUCCUCCUGCUCCACCUCCAUUGAAGCUAUUAUAUUACUGGAUACCAUAGAACAGAGAACAUUUGUACAAUCAUAAUAAAUGCUGCUAUCCAUCAGAUAGUUAACAUAUUUCUCACAUAUCAUAGUGUAAGCUUUCCACUGCUCUGCCAUAGUCUUUAUGUCUAGAGUUUGAGCCACUUCACCAAUAUGCAAGUUAAUAUUUAGUGCUUCAACCAGUAUGAGCAAUUCUUCUUUGUUAGUGUGAUCGAAAAUAAAAUGCUUUUCUAUCACCAUCAAGUAAGUGAGCUGCAACUCAUGACAAGUUCUGAACAAAUCUUUGAGUUGUUGUUGUAUGCUUGCUAGAUGAUCUCCAUAUACAGCUUCGCUGUUUCUGCAAUGUAUAAAAAUAUCCACAAUGAUUUGGCCGGUAGUUGUAGGAAAUGUCUUCAUGGUACUACAACUCAUUGAGACAGAUUCUAUAAUUUUCUUUAUAAAACUAGACAGCAAUUGGAGGAUGUCGACAGCAUUAUCUAGAAAAUGGGAUAGUUUCUGUGCCUGUACAUCUGUUUCCAAUACAAAUUCAUCCAAUAGCUUCAGUGUCUGUGAUAUACAUAAAUAACAAUCUUGAAGCAGUAAUGUGAAAUAAUCACAAAUCGGUGUGUCCAUCCAAGUAGAGGUGUCAUUACAAAGAGAGGUUUUUGUUUUGUUUAACAAAGUCUCGUAAGUAUUCAUAUUUAUUGUAUUUGUUUCAGCGGGUACAGUAAGUGAUUGAUUUACGUAGUCUGAGACAUCUGAACUUUGUGAGUUAUCCAUUUCUAUAAAAUUCUUUUCUUACGCAUUUGAGGCCUGAGUGCAUUUUAAGUUUUAUUCUUAAAAAAUAUUUUUACCGCAUUUUUCCAUGAAGUUUCGGUUUUCGAAACUUUGACCAAUGUUGCCAGGUCCGAUAUUUAAAAAAUCGGGAGGCAUUAUAGAAAAAAACAGUAGAUGUAUGGAAACAGCUACAAGAAAAAUAGCCUAGUGGCUUCUGCCGCCCCUCAAAGCUAUUUUUUCUUUCGACAAUUACAUUUAUUUUAUAAUUAUUAAGGUUAUCU